GCGAACUGCUGUACUAAAUGAUGGCAAUGCUGCAACCCGAGCUGCUUGUGUUGUUUAACAAUUUCUUCAUCUUCUCUUCUCGACAAUAUCCUCAUAGUAUCAACUUAACUCAUUUCCGUCAUCACUCAAAUAGGAAAACUUGAAAAAUAUAGGGAUGAGCGUAGAUUUAAGUAAUUAUGAACCCUAUAAAGAUAGUCCACCACCUGGUGCACCACCGGAAUUGGUUAGAUUGAGUCCAUCUCCCCCAGGUUCUGCAAAUCGCAGGCAUCGCAGCAGCAGUUUGGUACUCAACAUGGAACAGGAUUCUAGUGACGAUAUAAGCAAUAUUGACUUGGAUUUGUUAGAAUCCGAUAAGCGUAAACAAAUCUACAAAGCCUCUGCCAAAAUGGCUGCAGUCUUUUUUUCUGCUUUUGCUGCCUUGGCUUUGGUGCUGUACUUCAGCUGGCCUGAAUUAGAAGAAAUCGAUAAACCGUCACUCAGGAUUCCAAAGUCAUUCGAGCAAUUACAAGCGCUUAAUGCUUUAUUAAAGAAGUAUCGCACCCAGCAAGGUACUAGGAUUCUAAUUUCAUGGACAGUCAUCUACCUCUUUCUUCAAGCAUUCUCAUUGCCCGGUUCAAUGUAUCUCUCUAUACUAGCCGGUGCUCUCUGGGGUGCUCUACCAACCCUUCCGUUAGUUUGCUGCACCGUCGCAACAGGUGCCUCUUUAUGCUAUUUGAUAUCUGCAUCAUUAGGUUCAGUUGUUUUGUCAUUACCACCAACAACAAAAUCGAAGGAAGCUAGAAAGUACCGCCAUUUACGCCUUGAAUCUGACACAGAACCUUUCUUACUUAAUGAGGAAGCACAAUCGCCCACACUUCAAGCAGCUGUACAUGAAAACCAAAACGACAAUGAGGAGAAGCUCAAUUGGUUUGAUUCAUUUAGAUUGAAAUUAGAACACUAUCAAAACAAAAUGAGAGGUCCAAUUGAGCGUGGUGAUGUUUGGUCAUAUUUGAUUCUUCUCCGAAUUGCACCUUUACCACCACAUUGGGUAUUAAAUUUAAUUGCACCUCAUUUAGGUAUCAAUCUAUUCACUUUCUGGGGUUCAACUGCAUUAGGUGUUGCUGGUGUGUCUACGAUUCAUGUCACAAUUGGUAGUGGAUUAGAUGGAAUGACCAGUUCAGAUGAUUUCCAUUUGUUCUCGAUCAAGAACUUUUUAGGAUUGGGUGCCGUCGUGCUUGCAGCAUUAAUUCCAAUUGGCAUUAGACACGCAAAGAAGAAUGAUUUGGAUAGUUUGGAAGAUGUCGAGCAUGAGGAGUUCAUACAACACAAUGAUAAUAGUAGGGAUGGUGAUUAUCCACCUUCUUAUCACCCAACCAAGAAGAAUAGCUUAGUUGAACCACCUCCAGCACGUCCUAAUAGAUCAAGAUCAUCUUCAAGAACAAUUUUGUUGGAUUCAACACCUGUACAAUUAGAUCGCAAAAGAAGCAACUCUAUGAAUCUUUCACCAAUUCCAUCCGAUAUUGUCAAAAUGCAAUCAUCACCUGCCGCACCUUCACCGCAAUUAAUAAUGUUGGGUACCCCACCACCACUUUCAUCACCUGAAUUGAUAAACUUCGAAUCAUCAAGUCCAACGGCUAACCAAACAUCAUUUGCAAAUUCGAUUGUUUCUAAUAAUGUUAGAGUUCAGCGUCAGAAUCUAGAUGUUAGCAGUUUAGUUAGAAAGAACAGUGAUGGAAAUCAUCCACUCAAUAUUGAUACUUAAUUUUUUUUUACUUACUUUUACAGUCUCUCUUUUCUAUCAUUUUGCAUCUUUUAGAUAUAUGUAAAAGAAACAUAGUAUUACAGUAUCACAAUCUCUAACAAUAUGCGAUGAUUUUAUCGUAAACCUUGUAAAUUUGUUAAUUUUACGAAUGUCAUGAAUUUUCC